AGAAGAACUGGCCCAAGAGAUUGGUAUUGAAGAGUCGAGGGUCCAGGUUUGGUUCCAGAACCACAGAAGAAGACACCUGAGGAAGAGCCGGCCGGCCUCUGGGGCUGCCUCGACAUCAGUGGCUGGGGAGCAGCCUCCCCCUCGGUCUCCAGGAAGAGUCCCCAAAGAGGCCAGAUGGAAGCGGACAUCCAUCAGCAGAUGGCAAGCCAGUGUGCUGGUGGAGGCCUUCCAGGAGAACCAGUGGCCAGGGAUCUAGACCAGAGAGGAACUGGCUUGACAAACAGGCAUCCCUGAGUGGCGAAUCCACAUCUGGUUUCAGAACCGAAGAGCUCGCCAGGCAAAGGCCAGGGCAGCAGGGGAUGGCGGGGCCGGCAUCUCCCCUCGGAGGCCUGAG